AUGCGUUCAAAGAAAGAAAUAAAAGGAAGGAGUAAGCAUACCAGUAGCAGCGGACAUACUUCCUUCGUUGGGAUUCCGACGUCGGGGGUCGUGGUCUUUUUAGAGAGAAGGAGGAGAAGGGGAGAAAAGGAGGAAGAGAUUGCCAUACUAACAAAGGUUCUAACAAACGCGGCCGGUCAUACCGAAGUGAAUUUAGGGCAGCUGUUAACCGUUUGCACAACCAACGCCUUAGCUCGUCAAAUGCUCGGAAAACGAGUCUUUAGCGACGGAAGCAGCGGCGUUGAUCCAAAAUCCGACGAUUUCAAGGGAAUGGUGGUGGAAUUGAUUGUUCUUGCCGGUGUUUUCAAUAUCGGGGAUUUCGUUCCUGGUCUCCAUUGGCUCAAUCUACAAGGAAUUGCGUUUAAGAUGAAGAAAUUGCAUUCGCGUUUUGAUGCGUUUUUAAGCGAGAUCUUGGAGGAACACAAAACUCAUCUUCAUGUUGGCGCUGAUAAAAACUCUAUAGAUUUGCUUAGUACUCUAUUACUUCUAUUACUACUCAAGGACAGUACCAACGCCGAGGCCGGCGAUGGUGAAAAACUUACCGACACUGAAAUCAAAGCCCUACUUUUGAUUGAUUUAUCGCAGGAUCUAUUUACAGCUGGAACCGAUACAUCGGCGAGCACAACCGAAUGGGCAAUAGCGGAGCUAUUCCGCCAUCCAAAAGUCAUGGCCCAACUCCAACUAGAGAUGGAUACGGUUGUGGGCCGAAACAGGCUCGUAAGCGAAGCCGACCUUCCCCAACUCCCAUACCUUCAAGCCGUGAUCAAGGAAGUUUUCCGCAUGCACCCGUCAACUCCACUUUCUCUGCUCCGAAUGGCGGCAGAGGAAUGUGAGAUCGACGGGUACAUCAUUCUGAAGGGCUCAACUCUUUUGAUGAAUGUGUGGGACAUAUUGCGUGAUCCAAAAUCAUGGGCCGACCCGUUGGAAUUCAAGCCCGAAAGAUUUUUGCUAGGAGGGGAGAAGCCGAAUGCCGAUAUUCGUGGGAAUGAUUUCAAGGUUAUACCGUUUGGUGCGGGUCGGAGGAUAUGUGCGGGUAUGAGUCUCGGGUUAAGGAUGGUUCAGAUUUUGACUGCUAGUUUGGUUCAUGCAUUUGAUUGGGGAUUGCCUAAUGGCUUAUUGGCUGAGAAGCUUAAUAUGGAUGAGGCUUAUGGGCUGACUUUGCAAAGGGCAUCUCCUUUAGUGGUGCAUCCUAAGCCUAGGCUUGAUGCCCAUGUUUAUGGGGCUUUUUAAUUUGGAAUAUUAUUGGUUUUAUUAGGUAUUCUAUCUUGAAAACUGUCAACUAUGUAAUUUGAAUAAUUCACUUUCUCUAUCUUAUAAUAAUGUCAUCAUAUUUUAAGCUU